UGUAAUUGGAUUUCUUUCAAGUAAAAUCGUCGGAAAGAAAAUACUGCAUCGCACAUCCGCAGUACAGUAUGCAUUUGAAUUGUGUCUCUGAUUUACUUGUGAAAUAAAGACAGCCAUACAGUGUUGCUGUUCUAUCCAUCGAGCGUUGGCCUGUAAACUUCUCCAGUCCCGAGCCCUAAGCUGCCUGCCGUUUCCUAUUUCGGAUUCGUAGACUCUCUUGUACUUUGAUCAUGGCGAGCUGUGGAGGGCAGUCCGUCGAUGAUAUCGAGGAUUUGCUCGGCAACGGAGACGUGGUGAGAAGUGCACCGAAACGACACAUCUUGCCCAAGAAAAUCGCUCCACGUUCAUCGAAAGGAGAACAGAAAGAACGUUCCGCUGAUAGGCAUAGCAACAUUCCCGGCGUUCAGUGCAUCUACGUCAAGACAUGGGGAUGCUCUCAUAAUAACAGUGAUGGAGAGUACAUGUCUGGACAACUGGCUGCGUAUGGCUAUAACAUCACAGAUGAUGCCAUGUCCGCUGACCUAUGGCUGUUGAACAGCUGUACGGUGAAGGGACCAUCAGAGGACACAUUUCGCAAUGCUAUAGCCUCUGGGCAGCAGCUCAACAAGCACCUGGUCAUCGCUGGUUGUGUACCACAAGGACACCGCGAUGACUCCAGCCUGCGUCGUAUCAGUGCCGUUGGUGUACAACAAAUCGAUCGAGUAGUUGAGGUUGUGGAAGAGACUCUGAAAGGUCACACGGUUCGUCUAUUUGGCACAAAGAAGAAUGAGGAUGGUCAGAAGAGUGGAGGAGCUGCUCUGGAUUUGCCCAAGAUCAGGAAGAACCCUCUCAUUGAGAUUCUAGCUAUAAACACUGGUUGUUUGAACCAGUGCACAUACUGCAAGACUAAACAUGCCCGAGGUGAGCUUGGUAGCUACCCACCAGAGCAGCUCGUGGCCAGGGCUAAGCAAGCAUUUGCGGAGGGUGUGCGUGAGAUAUGGCUGACCAGUGAAGACCUGGGCGCGUACGGACAUGACAUUGGCAUCAGAAUACCGGACCUGCUCUGGCAGCUGGUGGAGGUCAUCCCCGAAGGGGCCAUGAUGCGACUGGGCAUGACCAAUCCGCCGUACAUUCUUGAGCACUUAGAGGAAAUUGGCAAAGUUCUCAAUCAUCCACGGGUAUAUUCAUUCCUGCACGUCCCAGUACAGGCAGGUUCUGAUGCUGUCCUGGAGGCCAUGAAACGCGAAUACAGCCGCGCAGACUUUGAACAUGUUGCCGACUACCUCAAAGAACAUGUACCUCGUGUCACCAUAGCCACUGACCUCAUCUGUGGAUUCCCAACGGAAACGGAAGAAGACUUCAAGCAGUCCAUUGAGCUUGUAGAGAAGUACAAGUUCCCUAGUUUGUUCAUCAACCAGUUCUAUCCCAGACCAGGGACACCUGCUGCACGGAUGAAGAGAAUACCAACGCAAGACGUAAAGAACAGAAGUCGUGCCGUGUCUCAAGUGUUUCAGUCCUAUCGUACCUAUGACCACCAGAUUGGAGAACGUCAGUGGGUACUGGUGACAGAGGUUGCUCAUGACAAGAAACAUCUGGUUGCUCACAACAAGUCGUACGAUCAGGUUCUGCUUGAGGAUGUGAAAGGUCUGAUGGGCAAGUAUGUUCAAGUAGACAUCAAGUCUGCUGGAAAGCAUUACCUAAUGGCCGAUCUCGUUCCCGGGUCACUGGAGAAUGCCGUGCGCCUGCCGGAACCAUUUGCAGCUGGUGCCGUGUCUGGGGCGCCAGUUUCACCCCAGGCAGUGGCAAGCUCCCAAGCGUCCAAGCGCCACUGGCAGCAGCACGUCCCGUGGAUUCUGCUUGUCCUCUUUCUGGCCAUCAUUAUUCGAUCGUGUCAGUUGGUGCAGCUGCCGGAGAGAUGAUAACAUCUGUGCAGCUGCAGUGUAUGGCUUGCAAACUGCUACAUGAGUAUGUGGUGGGAAUGUGGCACAUCAUCCGGGCACAACUGCUGACUCCCUGUGAUACUUACUUAUCUAUUACCAUGGGAGAUACGCCGCUGCUGUGUCGUGUGCACGUGAAGCAGUCAGCAUCGCUGACCACCACCCCUGACCACCCUGGUUUCUAGUCAAGCUGGCAUCAGCUGCCUCCUGUCGGUUGAGUUCCGAGUGCUUGUGUGCUGGACGUGGAGGCAGAACCCAUCAGUGCACUCACUUGUCUCACUGGUCUCGGCCAUGUGGAGCAUGCUACACACCACCAUUGGCGACAGGUCACAGUUCUGCUUUGCUCUCGUUCCCAUCGAGAUGAUUUUUCAUUGCUUGAAGAUCAUUUCCUGUACCUUUUCAUUUAUCAGCUGGUGGGAUGGUGGCACGUGCUGUCUGGGCAGAGCCACAUAAGCAACGCUGCUUCUAGGGAGCGAGUGAGUGAGCAGUAUACAGCAUGACUGUGAUGUCAGUGAAGGUGUGUCGUUGGUGCUGCUGUUGUUUCUGGUGCUGGUCGCCAUUGCCACUGUGAAGAAAUGUUUCUGUUCUCAAGGUCUCGAUUUGUUAUUGUAACAUGUCCUCUCUAUUUAUUAUUAAGUUAAUACUAGCCAUGGUCACUUCAACGUUGAUCACGAAAUAUUGUUGCUGUGUUAUAAUAAAAUUAUGGACGCUCCAGACUUG